AUGAGACUGAGGACGUUAUUAUUUUUGCCUGCAAUUUUUUUAAUUGCAAAUGCAUCCACUGAGAGGGAACUCGAUUGGUGGGAGAGUACCAUCUUCUACCAAAUUUAUCCGCGCUCAUUUAUGGACAGCGAUGGUGAUGGUAUCGGAGACUUAAAAGGAAUAACAUCCAAAUUGGAGUACUUGAAAGAACUAGGUGUUGGUGCGACCUGGCUUUCGCCCAUGUUCAAGUCACCUAUGUACGAUUUCGGUUACGAUAUUUCUGACUUUUAUGAUGUGCAAGAAGAAUAUGGUACGAUGGAAGAUUUUGAGGAAUUACUUGCGAAAGCUAAAGAGCUAGACAUAAAAGUAGUACUGGAUUUUGUACCAAAUCAUUCAAGUAAUGAGAGUAUGUGGUUUGAAGAAGCAUUGAAAGGCCACGAAAAAUACUUUGACUAUUUCGUUUGGGAAGAUGGAGUAGAAGAUGAAAAUGGCGAUUUACAGCCUCCUAACAACUGGAAUAGCGUAUUUCGUAAAAGUGCUUGGGAGUACAGGGAAGAAGUUGGAAAGUACUAUUUGCAUCAAUUUGUAAUUGGUCAGCCUGAUCUUAACUACCGUAACCCUGAUGUCGUUGAUGAAAUGAAAAAUGUUAUCAGAUUCUGGCUUGAAAAAGGCGUAGCUGGUUUUAGGGUUGACGCUAUUGCCCACUUAUUUGAGGCAGAUAAGGAAAAUUUCGGAGGAAAGUAUCCCGAUGAACCUAUUUCUGGCCAAAACCUUGAAGACCCUUUGAGUUAUGAUUACUUGUCUCAUAUUUACACAAAAGACCAAGAUGAAACAUUUGACAUGGUCUAUCAAUGGAGAGAAGUUUUUGAUGAAAUCAAAGAAAAAGACGGUCUUACAAGAGUUAUGAUGACAGAAGCAUACUCCUCACCACAACUUACCAUGAAGUACUUUGGUGAAGGCGACCGUGAAGGUGCACAGAUGCCGUUUAAUUUUGUUCUGAUAUCUGAUGUUAAUGGAGAGUCAACUGCCGGAGAAAUUAAAUAUGCGAUUGACAAAUUCCUAACAUUUAAACCAAUCAAUAAACAAGCUAACUGGGUGGCAGGAAAUCAUGACAACAGUAGAGUGGCAUCCAGAUUCAGCCCUAAAUUGGUAGAUGGGAUUAAUAUGAUUGUCCUGUUGCUACCUGGUGUGGCUGUUACUUAUAUGGGUGAAGAAAUCGGUAUGGUUGAUGGUUAUGUAAGUUGGGAAGAUACUGUAGAUCCAAGUGGUUGCAACACAGAUGACCCAAUCAACUAUUGGAAGUCUUCGAGAGACCCAGAGCGCACGCCAUUCCAAUGGAACGCCGAAAAUAAUGCAGGUUUUUCAACUGCGGAUAAGACAUGGUUGCCUGUAGCUGAUGGUUAUCAAGAUCUAAACGUUGAAGUGCAGUCAAACUCUGUGGGUAGAUCACAUGUUAAAGUUUACAAGGAGUUGGCUCAACUUCGGACCGAACCAACUUUUAGAUAUGGAAGAUACGAAUCGGUUGCCUUCAACUCGGACGUAUUAGCUUUCAGAAGGUGGUAUAAUGGAGAUAUAUACAUUGUGGUUGUGAACUUCAGAGACGAGCCUCACUCUAUCGACUUUACUUACUUUGAAGGAGUCAGCGGUCAUUUGGAAACUGUUAUUAGCAGCGUACAAUCACCGAGAAUUCAAGGUGACGUGGUUGAAGCCAACAAUGCCAGUAUUGGUGGGAGUGAAGCUUUAGUUUUAAAAUUGGUACAAUAA